GCGGAGACAGGAGAGCUGGAGGGAGGACUAGCAGGCACCGGGAGGGGUUCGGGCGGUGGGGGCGCCAUCUGAAUAACUGAGGAGCUGUUCAGCAGCAGAGGCUGCCUCCUGCCUUCCUCUGCCGCCACCACCACCUCCCAUCCCAGCUGGAGAGACAGCCCCGCGCUGUAAGUGCGGACAGCCAGCCAUCAGCCUCGGCAGCCAGCCGGUCGCCUCCAGCCCCCACCCCGGAAAGAGACUGCAUUGCUCCAUUGGACAGCUGAGACUGAAACACAGGCUUGGCUCACCCAAGACCGCAGAGCAAUAAGUGGUAGAGCCCUAACUCAGACCAUCCUCAUCAGGAUGACUGCACAACACAGUGCACCUGCCAACUGUCCUUGAGGGCUGGCGAGAAGAGCAAGGAGAGUGGAACCAUGGAACCCUUCUGUGUGAUGAGCACACAGACAUUCAUGCCCAGGAGAAGGCUGCAUUGGGUCCCUCUGGACCUUUCCUAAAAGGGAGAUCCCUGUUCACUAGAUGAGUUCCAGAACCAUCCACUAAGGCUUUGUAGCCCCCUUUCAUCAGCUGACCUUCACUGCAACCCCUAUCGCUCAAGAUGAGUGGCUUCCUUGCCUCGCUGGACCCCCGGCGGGUUCAGUGGGGGGCUGCCUGGUAUGCAGUGCACUCCAGAAUCCUACGCACCAAACCAGUGGAGUCCAUGCUAGAGGGAACUGGGACCACCACAGCACAUGGAACCAAGCUAGCCCAGGUGCUCACCACAGUGGACCUCAUCUCUCUUGGCGUUGGCAGCUGUGUGGGCACUGGCAUGUAUGUAGUCUCUGGCCUGGUGGCCAAGGAAAUGGCAGGACCUGGUGUCAUUGUGUCCUUCAUCAUUGCAGCCGUGGCAUCCAUAUUAUCAGGGGUCUGCUAUGCAGAGUUUGGAGUUCGAGUCCCCAAGACCACAGGAUCUGCCUACACCUACAGCUAUGUCACUGUUGGGGAAUUUGUGGCAUUUUUCAUUGGCUGGAACCUGAUCCUGGAGUACCUGAUUGGCACUGCGGCUGGAGCCAGUGCUCUGAGCAGCAUGUUCGACUCACUGGCCAACCACACCAUCAGCCGCUGGAUGGUAAACAGCGUGGGAACCCUCAAUGGCCUGGGGAAAGGUGAAGAAUCAUACCCAGACCUUCUGGCUCUGUUGAUCGCAGUCAUCGUGACCAUCAUUGUUGCUCUUGGGGUGAAGAAUUCCAUAGGCUUCAACAAUGUCCUCAACGUGCUGAACCUGGCAGUGUGGGUGUUCAUCAUGAUCGCAGGCCUCUUCUUCAUCAAUGGAAAAUACUGGGCGGAGGGCCAGUUCUUGCCCCACGGCUGGUCAGGGGUGCUGCAGGGAGCAGCGACAUGCUUCUACGCUUUCAUUGGCUUCGACAUCAUCGCCACCACUGGAGAGGAAGCCAAGAAUCCCAACACAUCCAUCCCUUAUGCCAUCACCGCCUCCCUGGUCAUCUGCCUGACAGCCUAUGUGUCUGUGAGCAUGAUCUUAACUCUGAUGGUGCCAUAUUAUGCCAUUGACACGGAAUCCCCACUCAUGGAGAUGUUUGUGGCUCAUGGGUUCUAUGCGGCAAAAUUCGUAGUGGCCAUUGGGUCGGUUGCAGGACUGACAGUCAGCUUGCUGGGCUCCCUCUUCCCGAUGCCAAGGGUCAUUUAUGCCAUGGCUGGUGAUGGGCUCCUUUUCAGGUUCCUGGCUCAUGUCAGCUCCUACACAGAGACGCCGGUGGUAGCCUGCAUCGUGUCGGGGUUCCUGGCAGCGCUCCUCGCGCUGUUGGUCAGCUUGAGAGACCUGAUAGAAAUGAUGUCCAUCGGCACGCUCCUGGCCUACACCUUGGUCUCUGUCUGUGUCUUGCUCCUUCGAUACCAACCCGAGAGUGACAUUGAUGGUUUUGUCAAGUUCUUGUCUGAGGAGCACACCAAGAAGAAGGAGAGCAUUCUGGCUGACAGUGAGAAGGACGCUUGUUCUCCUGUGAGUGAAGGGGAUGAGUUUUCUGGCCCGGCCACCAAUACAUGUGGGGCCAAGAAUUUACCAUCCUUGGGAGACAAUGAAAUGCUCAUAGGGAAAUCAGACAAGUCAACCUACAACGUCAACCACCCCAAUUACGGCACCGUGGACAUGACCACAGGCAUAGAAGCUGAUGAAUCUGAAAAUAUUUAUCUCAUCAAGUUAAAGAAGCUGAUCGGGCCUCAUUAUUACACCAUGAGAAUCCGGCUGGGCCUUCCAGGCAAAAUGGACCGGCCCACAGCAGCGACGGGGCACACGGUGACCAUCUGCGUGCUCCUGCUCUUCAUCCUCAUGUUCAUCUUCUGCUCCUUCAUCAUCUUUGGUUCUGACUACAUCUCAGAGCAGAGCUGGUGGGCCAUCCUUCUGGUUGUUCUGAUGGUGCUGCUGAUCAGCACCCUGGUGUUCGUGAUCCUGCAGCAGCCAGAGAACCCCAAGAAGCUGCCCUACAUGGCCCCUUGCCUCCCCUUUGUGCCUGCCUUUGCCAUGCUGGUGAACAUCUAUCUCAUGCUAAAGCUCUCCACCAUCACAUGGAUCCGGUUUGCGGUCUGGUGCUUUGUGGGUCUGCUCAUUUAUUUUGGAUAUGGCAUCUGGAACAGCACCCUGGAAAUCAGCGCCCGAGAAGAGGCCCUGCACCAAAGCACUUACCAGCGCUACGACGUGGAUGACCCCUUCUCGGUGGAAGAGGGUUUCUCCUACGCCACAGAGGGCGAGAGCCAGGAGGACUGGGGCGGGCCCACCGAAGACAAAGGCUUCUAUUACCAACAGAUGCCAGAUGAGAAGGCAAACGGCCGGACAAGUAGCAAAGCGAAGAGCAAAAGCAAACACAAACAGAACUCGGAGGUCCUGAUUGCAAAUGAUGAGUUAGAUUACUCUCCAGAGUAGGAGAAACACACAAGUGGGUAGAAAUGGUCAUGACUGAUUUUCAGUAACUUAACCUGUGGGCUAGAAGGUGAAAACUUUUUUGGCUCUCAUUUCACAAAUCCAGCCUUCCCCAAAUUCAAUCCCUAGUCAUAGCCUGUCAUUUGCUACUUUUGCUCUUCAGGGUAGUUCUGUUGAAGGGCUUAACCUGCGUCCCCUAACUGGACGCUUGUUAAAAAAAAAAAUGCUAAACAAGAGGCUACAUGAAAUUUCAUCUUAGGUGCAACCAUCAGAGCUGAUGGUAGCAAAUGUUUCCUGGGCCUUUGCUUUGCUGGUUGAAUCUUUUUGCUUCUUAUUGAGAUCCCAAGAAGCAAGGAGCAAACUUCUUGGACCCAACUGAGGCUGCAGCUCCUCCUGGAGAUAUGCCCAAGCAGAGGCUGUGGGCACAAGGCAGAAUUUCAGUCACCUGAGACGGGGACAAAGCUCUGCUCUUGGCAUGUCAGCCUGCACGCUGCUCCCCCAGGUCAGGGUGGGUAGGUGGACAUUGGCACUUCCUGAGCAAGCAACAUUUUAUCCUGCAAUCUCACCCAAAAUUAAUUCAUGGAGAAGACAUAUGCUUUUUUUUAUUCACCAACAUUCUCACAGCUUCCAAACUAUAAUUUUAGGAUCCAGCAAAGGUCAGGGACUCUGAGACCAUUUUCCCAAAGGUUUCAGAUUCACCAUAAAGCAGUCAUGUAGACCGGGUAAUAUGGUAAGAAGCACCGUCAAAGCUCUACUUAAAUGCCCAGAAGAAAAUUAAACAACCAUCUCUUGCAGGGAAGGCCGGAAGGGCAUUGGCAGAAAUUAACUCUCUGUCAUGGCUUCUCUUAUACCAGAUUCCAGCUCCUGGUGAUAGGAUGAAAGAGGACAAAGAGGAGCAUGAUUUCAUGGCACUAAUAUGCCUUAAAGAAGUAGGUUGUUUGUUUUAUAAUCAGAUAAAAAUCUGCACAAGGUGAAGUGACCCAGCCACUGAGAUCACAUUGCACAUUCUCUUUCAUAUUUCUUAAAUUAUGAAUUCUGUAGUUUUUUGAGAUGUGCAAUCAUUUGAUUGGUGAGUGCUACUCUGGAAACAAAGCAUGCUGAAGUACAGCUACUUAGGUAGCUGCAUUCCAUGAGAUCACAUUUCACUUCUGAACCUUAUUCCUUGGGGGGAGCUCACUUUCAGAGGUGUGUUUUUUUUCCUGUUAUUUCCCAGAUUAGUUUCACUUAAACCCAGAGAAAUACCUACCUGGUAAGAUGUAAAUGUGGGUCAUAAAAGGGGUUAUUAAAAGAAUUUUCUCAGAAACAGAAUAGAUGAGAGAAUUUGCAAAGAAAAAAACCUACAUGGGCUAUAAUAUAAAUUCUACUCUUGGAUUGCAAGGAUUCCAUGGCUGCACUGAGAUGUGUACAAAUGUAUGUGAAGGCACGAUUCAAAUUAAGCUAUUCUAAAAUUAACCAAGCUAUAUUAAAAUUAACCAAGCUAUUAAUAGAAUCUUCAUGAGAAUUUCCUGGAAGAGGGACAAAAGAAGAAAUUCAUUCCCUUUCUCUCCUGGAUGUAUCAGUAUGCCAAAAGUUUUCCAGAACAUAAUUCCCUAACAUUCAAGUCUAUUCUCUCUUAAAGGCUGAGGCUUAUGUCAUCUUGGCAUGCUUUAGGAUUACGGCAAGGAGAUAAAAGUCCAUUUUUCAUUCAACUCACACUGGUUGAGAAUACACCAAAUGCUAAGUGAUGGGAAUGAAUAGAGGCAUGACAUCUGCCCUUGGGGACUACAGUCCAUGGAUGGACAGCACUGGAGCCUGGUAAAUGCAGAUGAAACAGCAAAUCUGACAAGUCUCCAGACUGAUGCACUGGGUUUUAACAUACAUAUAAAGAUCAAUUGAAACCAGUUUUUUUAAACUAUGCUUUAAAUAAAUUCCAUAUCAUAAUCGUAGCCAAUGUAUACCAUUACACUACAAUAACUGCAAUUUUCUAGAUAUUUUUUAUUCUUCUGUAGUAAUUGUUUAGAAAUCUGGUUUCCUGAGGUCAUUUUGUCAUUUUAAUGUCAUGCUUGACAAUGGUGUGUUUUCUCUUCCCUAGAGUUAACCAUAAAGACCCAGUGCCUAGUUGUGAAAUACAUCAUUGGGAAUUAAUUAUAAACUAAUUAUCGGUCAUCGUUUGAAAACAAAGUUUUGAACUGGCUAUAGGACUCAACAAAUCUGCUUGGUUUAAAUACAAUCUGUUAAGCUUGAUACACAGGUAGAUGAGGUCUCUAUUCUCAUCAAAUACGAGAACAGAGAAAUAGGAGUGCAAAACAGCAAAAUCUUAGCGUAGGUGAAAGAGCUUCCUUCUACUAGUGAGGUUUAAGUAUUGAAGUAACAGUAACCUGGUGGCAGAUGUACGCAGUUUCUAUAGGACGGGAAUGGGAAACGCGUGCUUUGGUUAACACCAUUGCUAUUGAUCUCAUGCAGAUUCUAUGAACCACCUCAUUUCAGCAGCCAGUUUUCCCAAAUAGUAUAUUUGUGUAUUUUAAGCUUAGCUCUCCUUGUUUUUCUCAAGUUGGUAGGUCACCUCCCUGACAACCUUAGUUUAAGAAAAAAAAAAGUCGCUAUAAUAGAAAAGGUUUUUUCAGGCACAGACAUGUUUGUCCACAGGUUUACCAGCUUCGAUGGAACAGUCCCAGAUUUCACAAUGCAGUUUUCAAAUACCAUCAAUCAUUAGAAUAACAAUAUUACUAUUUUCCUAACAGGUUUCUUAACGAUGCAUUUUUGGGACUACAUUAAAAGUAAGAUCACCCUGUAAUUAUCUUAGAAACCUCGUUCCUUGAAUGGAAUCCAAGGAAGACCUACAUUUUAUUGAAUUCUGUAUAGAAAAAGCUCUCCGAGUGAGAUUUCAAUGGGUGGAUUUGUGGUUUGGAGCCAAUUACUUGAUUUUUUCAGAUUUUAUUCUGCUUAUUUAUUGGUACUCUGCUUCAUUUCAAAAGGAUUUGAGGCAGCUGUUUUAUAUAUAUAUAUAAAUGGGAUAUAUAUAUAUUACAAAACAAAAAUUAAGUGAGGAACUCAGGGCAAAUAAAAACAGAAACAGAAAUGAUAACACAGAACUAGAUGUGUAUUUAGUGCAUAAAUGCAGAACUCUGAUAUGCUCUACUAAAUUUGCCAAUGAGGGGCACCAUGAAAAAUAAUAGAACUUAUGGUCAUGACAAGAAGAUGUAUUUCUACGUGAUAAGAACAAAUUUUUCCCCAUGUGGGCAGAGGCUUGAAAUAGCAUAGAUCAUUCAAAUCCACAGAUAAGCUCAAACCCAGAUUUUGCUAGCUACAUGUGUCUGGCAGAUAGUGGGUUUUCAAGAAAUAUCUGAUGUUAAAAGAAUGAAUGAAUUGGAGGAAAAUGAAAUAUUUAUUCAACAAUUAUUUGUGAAGUGCCCAUUAUGUACUGUGGCAGAUAUUGAUCCCAUGAUAAGUCAGAUAAAAAAAAAUCCAGCUCUUAAGAAAUAGGGGAAAUAGAGCUAGGUCUGGUGGCAUGUGCCUGUGAUCCCAGACACUUGACAGACUGAGGCAAGAGGAUCACUGGAGCCCAGGAGUUCAAGGCUGCAGUGAGCUAUGAUCAUGCCACUGUACUCCAGCCUGGGUAACAGAAGAAUACCCUGUCUCUUAAAAGGAAAAAUAAAAUGGGGAAAAUGGGAUAUAUAAAUAUAGUGAAAGCGUCAGGUGAGAUGAGGGAGUUGUAAUGUGCAGUGAGGGUUCAAAUACGAAGAAGUCCUUCUUCUUCUGGAAAGGCCAUAAAGAAUGUCACAUUAGUGUUGGGACUUGUGAAAUGGGCAGAAUUUUACCACGUAGCAAUGAGAGAAAGACAUGCCAAGCAGAGGAUCAGCAUGAAUAGGCCUCUACUAGCUUGCUGUCCUCUAAGAAUUUGUGCUGUGCCUCCAUCAAGGGAAAGCAAGGAACUAGUUUGCCUGAGUACAUGAUUUAUGCAUGACUUACACAUGCAAUCAUAAGAAAUAAUGCUGGGAAGGCAGGUGAGGGCUCACGCACAGAGAGACUUGAAUGUCACACUGAGCUGGCUGGCUCUCCUCAGGUGGGAAAUAAUUGGGGAACUGAUGAAGGUAUGAAUCCGGAAGGCUGAACUUUAAGAAAGCUGCUGAGACAUAGCUUCCUCGCCUCCGCAAGGAGCUAAGAAACCACAUUUACACUCCAAGUUGAUUUAACAAAUCAAAGGGAAAAAUAUCUGUACUUUGAGUCCUGUGUCUGCAUUCAUCAUUAACCUAUGAGAAAUACAGUUGUUUAAUAUGUGGACAGGCAACACAAUUUACAGCCACUUUAAAGUUUUCAACAAUAGAUUUCAACAACCAAACCUAACAACGUUUCAUAUCUAUCUAAUAGAAACCGUAAAACCUCAGCGCCAGGCUUUACUGAGCUUGAGUGUAAGGCUGCUUUUUUUUUUUUUUUUGAGACAGAGUCUCACUCUGUUGCCCAGGCUGGAGUGCAGUGGCACGAUCUUGGGUGACUGCAACCUCCACUUCCAGGUUCAAGAGAUUCUCCUGCCUCAGCCUCUAGAGCAGCUGGGAUUACAGGCGUGUGCCAGCUCUACUUAUUAGCAAUGAACUAGUAGCUAAUCAAAUGCCUACAUAAUGGUCAUGAUGAGUCUGUUUAAAUAAAUGGUGGGUGGAAGGGAGUUGUUUGAUUUAACAAUCUAUCCUUCUUCAGAAUCUAUAGGUCAGCCAGAAUAUAAAACUAGUAAUUAUUGGAAGACAAAACAGAAACUCCUUCAAAGAAAUCUCUCUACUCUGUUCUGCUGAAAAGGGCUGGUAAACCUGACAUUCUUUCUUUCGUCAGAAGGCAAAUCCAACAUUUGUUGGAAGUCUGCCUUACAAGGAACCUCUGCUUGUCUGCAGCAUAAACGGAAGCUAUACCAGUUUGAAAAUCCACAUAGAAAACUGGAGAAAAUUGCUGUCCCCUUUCACACUAAGUUUUACCAGGGGCCCAAGAUAUCAGAGGAAAGUCCACAGAGGGCCAGCCACAGGUUUACCUAAUUAUGAAUCUCAGAUUAGAACAUCUUAUUGUGUGGAAAAGUCAGAAAUCAUGAAAUGUGUCUGGGGCCAGAGCGGGGGUCCGCUUAUGGAGUCUACGCAGCAGGUAGGGUUCACUCUUGGGGUUUAAGCCUCAGGUCAGUGAGCAAUGCAGAGGUGGCCCUAACUUCCUAUGCGGGAAAGGGAGGAGAGCCAAGGAAACACACUCCAGAGGUCGCCACGAGGACAGUGCGGCAGAGCUCCAUUUUCAUGCCAUUUGGAAUGAGACUUGUGAAGGAAGACGUUUCUAUCCAAAGUUUUCACAGAGCCUUUGUUUCCCCCGUACCUGUGUAACUGAGGACCCAUCUGUCUGCAAAGACUUCUGGAGAUCCUGAAAGAGAGGCACCAGCAAGUAAUCAGUGGUGACCUGGCCAUAAAAAAGUAUUUGAAAUUAAACAGUGAGCAAGUGUAGAAACAGCAUCCCAAACCUCGGCCCCACCGCAAGCAGGAACCAGAAAGCUGAAGUUUCACCAAGGAGUUUACUUCGUAUUUCUCACUGGGAGUGGGGAUGGGUCGCAAAAAGCCCCUUUCAUGUACAUAAUUGUUGGUCCUAUGUCCUUAUUUUAUUUUCUCUAAGACUUUUAGAAGAAAGACUGUUUUAAUUUUUUAUUUGUUCUCCUUUGAAAUGCUUUCCUCCUCUUGCUCUGCUCGAGUAAUGAUGCAUGCAUCAUUCUGAAACACCUGGACAGUCGCCUUUUGCCAAAAUUACUUCUCUAAGAAAAUCGAAUGUUCUUCUUUGGGGGACUUAGAUCCCACAGGGGAUGAUGGAAGUUUUGUAGCCCAUCAAAGGUGAAUAUGUGUUCCACAGCAUCAACUAAAACAGUGCACGACAUCGUUGAACUGUGUUCUGCACACACGGAAUCACAAAAUCCCUACAGGACUUUCACAGACAGCUUUGGGCGUACGGUCUUCUGACAGCAGGUAGUCCUAACGUCCUGCUCUUUGGGGCAUUUAGUAGAUGCUGGUACACAUAAAGACAGACAAUGGCUUAUUAGAACCAGGAAAUGGGGCGGCCUGGAUUUUUAUGGUAGGGACUCACUCUGUGCUUUUCUUAUUUGUUUUUUUCUAUUAAGUUUUCUUAAUAGAAUGGUAAAACUGAUGGUAACAUUGGCUCAAGGGAAUUGUGAGUCACGUGAAUUUCGCCUGCAGUGCAGACUUUGAAGGACUGUGUUCAUUCUGACUUGGGGAUAAAGAGAAUGUUCCAUGCACAUCUAUUGAUUAGUCUUGGCAGUUGCUGAUACACUUGUCUCAUUCGCACUCCCAAAGGCGAGGAUUUACACUGGAAAUCAUAAACCCCCACUUUCCAAAGCAAAGAUACUGUUAAUGUUACGAUGGUGUAUAAAUACCUCAACUGUCUGGGCUGAGAGAAGGGGCUGCAGGUUUUUUUUUUUUUUUGAGACGGAGUUUCGCUCUUGUUACCCAGGCUGGAGUGCAAUGGCGCAAUCUCGGCUCACUGCAACCUCCGCCCCCUGGGUUCAGGCAAUUCUCCUGCCUCAGCCUCCUGAGUAGCUGGGAUUACAGGCACGCGCCACCAUGCCCAGCUAAUUUUUUGUAAUUUUUAGUAGAGACGGGGUUUCACCAUGUUGACCAGGAUGGUCUCGAUCUCUUGACCUCGUGAUCCACCCGCCUCGGCCUCCCAAAGUGCUGGGAUUACAGGCUUGAGGGGCUGCAGGUUUUUAAGAGAACAGCUUUAGUCCCCAUUCCAUGUAGUCACACCAUCUGAUGCCAGGACUCCACAUUCCAGCUUUUCUCACUGUGUUAAAGAAACGUUACUGUUUAAUUCAUAUCCAAAGUUAUAAAUACAGCUUGUAAAUUUUACUAACUUGUUUCUUUUUUGUUUGGUCCUUGAGAAGUACAACUUGCAUUUGCAGAUGGUAAUUUCUAGUGUUGUUCUCUGCUGUUUUUUUUGGUAUGAAAUUGCUGUAUUUGUUAAUGUUUGUUGGUUUUGUGGUUUUUAAUUCCCCUUGAUGUGCUGUACAAUGUAAUGUAUCAUGAAGAAAGAAAUAAUAUGCAGAUGUAUUAUGAGAUGUGUUUUAUUUUCAAAUGUGUGGUGUUGACAAUAUAUUGAUUUAUCAAGAUACUAAGGGAAAAUUCUAAAUUUAACGAAAUGUGUAUAUUUUAAUAAAUGCAUAAAGCUUUA